CAUGAGCUUAUGGCUCUCUGACACAUGCAUGUUACAAACAGUGUAUGAUGUCAUAGAGGGCUAACCGAUAGGUCACUAAGGCUCACCAUAGUCCGAACAGAAGUGCAGCAGAUUUUUUCCACAGCUCUCCAUGUUAUCUAACAGACAGGAGAAAGAAAGGUAGAAGGAGUUGCCUGGAUUCCACUUCAGAAACAUGGAUAAUAUUCAGAGUCAGGAGGUAAAGAUUUUGAGGGCUGAAAAUGCUUUUCUGCUCGCCCAGACUGCUGAACUGAAGAAGAUGGUCAGCUUGUUGCGGGAAAAUCUCAUGCGCUGUCUUCCGCCUCCAGGGACAGUAUGCCAAGACGUUCCAUAUAAGAGAGAGGAUGUUCAAGAAACCCCUUGCCGCGAUCCCACUUAUUUCCAACUCUGCAAACAUCUAACUGGCGAUAUAGCCUUCCAACUGGAGCGACGGAUUCUUGUAUGUGUCUUCAAGAAUCAUGGUCAUCUCUAUGGUUUCAGGGUGGCCAACAUAGAGGAGAAGAUUUUACAGUCCACUUAUUGUCCUGUGACCAACAAAGUAGACGAAAAAUUAAGGGCCGAGAUGAACCAACGCUACGCAGCAGUCAUGACGAAGCUCAAAAAACUGAAUUACAAUCCAAGUGUGCACCCAAACUUCUCGGAAUACCUGGUGAAUACAUACGGAAUACUAACAUCCCAUCCCGUCGGCAGCGAACGGGCCUCCUAUAAUGACCCAAAUAUAUUGCGCAAGAUGGUUGCCGACGCAGUAUCUAAUGAUGUAUUAGAAAAUGUAUAUAUCCUCCUCAAUUGCCUAAUUGCCUUGGCCAAGGAGGACGGUAAGCCGAUAUUGAGCUUGUAGAGGGAGGUUCUGUUGCUCCAUCUUACAAAAGUAUAUCCUCCUUCCAGAGAAUUCCAUCAAUUGGCCCACAGUGCACAAAUACGCUAAUUUACAGAAAUAAAAUAGGCAAUUCUAAAAACACAGUC